AUGUCGCACGAGCACGCAACGCACCACCGCGCCAAGUUCGCGGACCACAAACCCCAGCAAGAUGCAUAUGACUACGAAAUGCAGACCUACCAGAAAGGUCUCCAAUACGAACGCCCGCCUCUCACCUUCCAAGCCUCGAAAUGGGAAUCUCUAGCAUGUGACCGCAUGUCCGCCGAGUCAAAAGGCUACGUCUACGGCUCCGCGGGCUCGCGCGAAACAGACGACAAGAACAAGUCCGCGUUCAAGAAGUGGAGUAUCGUACCCAGGAGACUGACAGGUCACAAGAAGUUCCCUGACUUAACAACGGAAAUCUUCGGAGAGAAGCUGCAGGUCCCAAUUGCAAUGGCGCCUGUUGGUGUGUUAAGGAUCUUCAACCCCGAAGGCGAAGUCGCUGCUACAAAGGCCGCAGCAAAAGAAGCGGUGCCGUACAUACUCAGCACAGCAGCGAGCACGAGCAUCGAGGAUGUAGCAAAGGCAAACGGCGAAGACGGACAGCGAUGGUACCAGCUGUACUGGCCGAAUCGCGAACAUGACGAUAUAACCAUCUCCUUGCUGCAGCGGGCGAAGAAAGCGGGCUAUACGACGCUGUUCGUUACGCUGGAUACUUACCUCUUAGGUUGGCGGCCUUCGGAUAUGGACAAUGGGUUCAAUCCGUUCUUGCGAGCUGAUCAGAUUGGCGUCGCGCUUGGCUUUUCAGACCCGGUGUAUCGCAAGCAGUUCAAGGAGCAGAACGGGGCUGAGGUUGAGGAGAAGAUGGGUGAAGCGGCCGCGGGAUGGAUGCGCACUAUUUUCAACGGCUUCAGCCAUGGUUGGGAAGAUGUGAAAUUUCUGCAAGAGCAUUGGGAUGGUCCGAUCGUACUCAAGGGAAUCCAGAGCAUUGCCGACGCGAGGAAAGCUGCUGAGAUUGGCGUCCAAGGCAUCGUCGUCAGCAAUCACGGAGGCCGGCAGCAGGAUGGCGGUAACAGCAGCUUAGGCAUGCUCCCACACAUUGUUGAUGCCGUAGGCGACAAGCUGAAGAUCUUCUUCGACAGCGGUGUGAGAUCCGGAGCGGAUAUCGCAAAGGCACUUGCUCUGGGUGCAGACUGCGUGCUGGUUGGAAGGCCGUACGUUUACGGUCUGACAUUGGGCGGCGAGGGUGGAGUGAGCCAUGUGUUGAAGAGCUUGAUUGGAGACCUUGAGCUGACCUUGCACAUUGCGGGCAUUCCCAGUGUCAACAAGAAGGACCUCAACAGGGAGGUAUUGGUGAGAGAGGAAGCUCUCUUUGAGGGCAUCAAAGGGAUCAGCAUUCACUAG